AGAAUAGCAAGAAGAAUGGAGAAGCAGGAAUGGGGUUUCAAGGAGAACCAUGAGCUUCAUGCAGCUGCAUCUUUCACGAUCAGAAACAUCCUCGAAGCCAUCAUGGGCAACAUUGAUGAAACCGCAACUGGGAAACCAAUGAUUCAUCUCGGACAUGGUGAUCCUUCGGUGUAUCCAUGCUUCAAACCAUCUCCUGUAUUAGAAGAAGCCUUAGUUCAAUCAAUUCAAUCCACUCAGUUCAAUGGUUACCCUGCUGGUGUUGGAAUUAUUCCUGCAAGAAGGGCUAUUGCUGAGUAUCUAACGAGAGAUCUUCCCUACGAAUUAACAGCUGAUGAUGUUUUCCUAACGGCUGGAGCAAAUCAUGCUAUCGAAGUCGUACUAACAUUUCUUUCACGUCCGGGUGCUAAUAUACUUUUUCCUCGGCCUAAUUACCCAAUUUAUGAAGCUCGCGCAAGAUUUAGUCCACUUGAGGUUCGCCAUUUUGAUCUCCUCCCUGAGAAAGGUUGGGAAGUUGAUCUUGAUGGUGUCAAAGCAUUGGCAGAUGAAAAUACGGUGGCUAUUGUCCUCAUCAACCCUGGAAAUCCCUGUGGAAAUGUUUUCACAAUCGACCAUAUGCGAAAGAUAGCGGAAUUAGCAAGAGAACUUCGGAUUUUGGUGAUAGCCGAUGAAGUUUAUGCGCAUCAAGUUUUUGGACAAAAGCCUUUCAUCCCCAUGGGAGUAUUUGGAGAUAUCGCACCAGUUGUGACGCUUGGGUCAUUAUCAAAACGAUGGAUCAUUCCUGGUUGGCGUUUUGGUUGGAUAGCAAUAAGUGAUCCUAAUGGCAUUCUUCGCAAAACCGGGCUUGCUGAAACCAUAAAGAGUACUCUUGUGAUAGCAGCAGAUCCGCCAACCGUUAUUCAGGGAGCUAUUCCUUAUAUCAUGAAGAACACGCCAGACUCUUUCUUCUUGAAUAUCAACAAAAUACUGAAGGGGGCUUCGGAUAUGUUCUAUGAGAGGCUUAAAGAGAUACCCUUUGUUGCAUGCCCACACAAACCCGAGGGAUCAAUGUUUGCGAUGGUGAAGUUGAAACUACAAGCUUUUGAUGACGUUGCUGAUGAUACAGACUUCUGUAUGAAGUUGGCUAAAGAGGAAUCCAUGAUCCUUUUUCCAGGGUAUGCUGUUGGUAUGAAAAACUGGGUUCGAGUGAGUUUUGCUGCCGAGCCAAAUGUGCUUCAAGAUGCAAUUGUGAGGCUGAAAGCGUUUUGUUUGAGACAUGCAAAACAGCAGUAAUAAGAUAUGUGACAAUGGAAAUCUGUCUUGAAGUUUUUGCAUUCAGAGUCUUUUAAGGCUCACUUUUUUGCAAUUUGAAGAAUAAUACCUCCUUUUUGAGGAACAAGUUUGUUUUAACUUGCGAAGUCAUGCUCCAGUGCUCCACAAUUGU